GGCCCUGCAGCCAGCCACUCGGGGUAAUGGCACCCAGUGCUCUCUCCCUGGAAAUCCUAACACCCAAAGAGAAGAACAGGCUCAGGAAACCCAUCGUAGAGAAGCUGCGCCGCGAUCGGAUUAACAGCAGCAUCGAGCAGCUGAAGCUGCUCCUGGAGAAGGAGUUCCAGAGGCACCAGCCCAACUCCAAGCUGGAGAAAGCCGACAUCCUGGAGAUGACCGUCAGCUACCUGAAGUACAGCCGAGCUUUUGCAGCAUCUGCCAAAAGCCUUCAGCAGGACUAUUGCGAAGGGUACGCCUGGUGCCUCAAGGAAGCUCUGCAAUUCCUCUCUCUCCAUUCGGCAAACACAGAGACCCAGAUGAAGCUGAUCUGCCAUUUCCAGAGGUCACAAGCAGUGCCUAAGGACUCGGGUUCUUCUUCUGCAUCCACUUCCAGCCACCAGUCCUCUGCAAAACAAGCACCAGCAAAACCCUCCUGCAACCUCUGGAGGCCUUGGUAGGCCGAGAGCACGCUUACCACCUGGCCUGGACGUUGGCUCGUUUUCCAGAGGAGACCGUGACUUGCUAUAGAAGUCCCCCAACUCCUCUCCUAUGAGUAGGGAAGAAAGUUCUCCUUUUACAGAGCAUUACGGUGCUUGGAUGCCUCCCUCCCUUCUUCCAGAAGGACUGCAACGAUCCCACCACGUGGAGGGAAAGUAAUUCUGUAGGAAUGCGAGACGUAAUCCUCCUGCUAGGAGGAGCGAGCGGUUUAGAGAGGAACACCGCCGGUUCUUAACCUUAGUGAGGUUGCCUGGGUACUUCUGGUCAGAAAGCUGUGCCUCCCGAGACGCUCGGGCUGGCGUUUUCAGGGGUGUCCGCCCAGCAGGAGCCCUUCCCUGCGCCCAAGACCCCAGAGCCGUGGGGUCCACCAGACACCUCUGAAAACCUAGCUCCCUCGGGGUGCCGUGAGGGGUUCUAUGAUAUUUGUAGACCGUACCGAGCGUGCUCUGAAAAUGGUCAAACCAUUACCAAAUGAUGUAGAGGAAAUUCCUCGGGAUGUCUUGCUCACAAAGCCAGGGUACUGCUUGUGAGGUGCAGGAUGUGUACGCCUUUUAUAAAGGCAACAGCUCAUUUUUAUGUCCUUAUAGGAAAGGAAGUUACGGCCGUGCUGUCGAUUUUGCAAUAAAUAUUUAUUCAAGUCUUUUAUGAAAGGCAGGCGUACAAAUUAUAUUUACUGCUCGGUACCCUACCCCCAGGGGAGGAUGCAAAUUCAGUACAACCCGCGGAUGCUCCCACACGUUGUAUGUGAGAUGCACCAACCGCGUAACCCGUGACAGAAACCACUGUGACCUUCAGAAAUUGCACAAACUUUCAUUGGCACGACAAUAAAUAAAGAUCUGGCUAAGAA